AUGAUCCAGCCAAAAACCUCUGUGUUUGCUUUGCCCCUUUUAUCUUGGCAGCAAACAUCCAGUACUCGUGUACGGAAAUUUGAAGUCCAAGAUGAACAUAAAGUCGGGCGGAAACGACGACGGUCGGAGGUGGUGGACCUGACACAAGACAGCGAUGACCUGGGAACUACAGACUUUGAAUCAGGCCUAGAAUCAAGCCAGAAUCUCACGCAGUAUCCUGUUCUCACUCCUGAUGAGGCUCAUCAAUAUCGCGUGGCUGGUCUAUCGCUUGAUCAAGAGCUGCCGGGAGCAGACUUCCCCCAUGCAGCUGUCAAGGACAAGAAGAGGAAACGAUCAAAAAGACUUGCACGGAAAUUGCAAGAACAAUGGCCGCCCAUUUUUCUUCCUGGGUCACAGACAACUGAAGCUACCCUGCACAUCCAGCAUUUGGGUGUCCUCACCACCAUUUUACACAGAUGUCUCUUGGAAGGCGACUUUGUACGCGCCGGUCGCGUAUGGGGCAUGCUCCUCCAUGAGAAGUUUGGCAAGGAUCCGAUAGACAUACGUCACGGGGGUCGAUGGGGCAUCGGUGCUGAGAUAUUAUUUCGUCAGAAUACCGCAGGCACGAAUACUUCAAAUAGCACCAGCCAUAUAUUUACCCGUCCGGGAUUUGAAGCAGCAAAAGCUUACUACGAAAGACUCAUCAUUCAAUAUCCAUCUCGGUCUGCUCGCAGCUCGGCCAGCAGCUCUCUACAAUUCUACCCUGCUAUGUUCAGUCUUUGGGUUUAUGUUGUCGACCAUGAAAGUAAGGUGGCAAGAGAGGCUCUUGAGGAGGAAGAGGAUGAAAUUAUCUCCGAACGAUCUGCAGACUUGGGUGCAAACAUGUUAGGCGGCGACGACAACACACAUCGAGAUGGAAGCGUGAUGGGCCGAAUGGCCGGUAUCAGACGUAAAGAAUUAGCUGGAGCACAAGAGAUUGCUGCGCGUAUGGAUGAGAUCAUGGUUGGACCGCCAUAUUCCGACAGUCCGGCACUCUUACGACUUCGAGGGAUGGUAGCUUUAUGGAUUGGGGACCUUCAAUUCUCGUCGUUGGGUCACCAGGAAGAGGAAGAAGAAGAUGCCAACAUGUCUGAUGAUGAGCAUAGAAUGUCCCGGAGUGGUUCUGCUAGCCGUUUGCUUGCAAGCAGAGAAUUGCACAUUGCUUUGGAGAGGCGAGCUGUAGAGAGUGCCAAAGCAAACGAUUUGUUUGCAAAGGCAAAGGCGAGACAGCAAGGCGCUAGUCAAGCCACCGAAAAUCUCGACCUAUGA